UUUAGGGGUGAAGAUAUGACAAUGGAUACAGUUAAUCCGGAAAAUUUUCGGUUCGAUUUGGAGUCGGAUUUUCCGAAGAUUGUUUAAAAACUAUCUAUUUCGCCUGCCUUUCCAGCAGUGCAGAAGCACAAGACGGAAACCACCCUCACAUUCAUCGCAAAUUGGCCUAUUUUUCUCUCCCACUCGCAGUAAUACCACCGGGGCUGCGGUAUAUACACAGCGAAUACUGCAUCCAGUCGCACACUGUGGCUCGAUCAGAGGAUCUCAGAUGCAAGGAUAGGAAUUAUUUGGAAUUAGGGCUAGACAGAGUGGAUUUCUGAUGGCGGGUCCUUCACUGAUGGAUUCCUUGUUCCAACGCUCGCUAGACGACAUAAUCAAAGGCGUUCGCCUAUGCCCGCCAGGCACCGAGCCCACCUUCAUCGCCAAAUCCCUUGACGAGAUCCGCCGCGAGGUUAAAUCCACAGACCGCCAAACGAAAGCCAUCGCGCUUCAGAAACUGACCUAUCUCCACUCCCUCCAUGGCGUUGACAUGUCCUGGGCCGCCUUCCAGUGCGUGGAGCUUUCCUCCUCUUCCGCCCACUCGCACAAACGCAUCGCCUACCUCGCCGCCUCCCUCUCCUUCAACCCUUCCACCACGGACGUCAUCCUACUCCUCACUCACCAGCUGCGCAAGGAUCUUUCCUCUUCCAGUGUUCAUGACGUGAGUCUCGCUCUCUCUACCCUUUCUUCCAUUUGUAACCCCGAUUUGUCGCGGGAUUUGACGCCCGAGUUGUUUACUUUGCUUAGUAGUGGUAAACCUUUUGUAAGAAAGAAAGCCAUCGCGGCGAUAUUGAGAGUUUUUGAGCAGUACCCUGAUGCCGUUCGCGUUUGUUUUAAACGAGUUGUGGAAAAUCUGGAGACCACUGACGUGGGAAUUUUGUCUGCAGUUGUGGGGUUGUUUUGUGAGCUUGCUGUAAAAGAACCUAGAUCUUAUUUACCCUUGGCUCCUGAGUUUUAUAAGAUUUUGGUGGACUGUAGGAAUAACUGGAUCCUGAUCAAGGUCUUGAAGAUUUUUGCUAAGUUGGCCCCAUUAGAGCCAAGGUUGGGAAAGAGAGUGGUAGAGCCGAUUUGUGAGCAUAUGGGGAGAACGGGGGCUAAAUCAUUGGCAUUUGAGUGCAUGAUGACAAUCGUAAGUAGUAUGAGUGAGUAUGAGUCUGCAGUGAAGCUUGCAGUUGGGAAGGUGAGGGAGUUUUUGUUGGAUGAUGAUCCAAAUCUCAAGUAUCUUGGGUUGCAAGCACUAACCAUGGUUGCACAGAAGCAUAUGUGGGCUGUUUUGGAGAAUAAGGAGUUGGUAGUUAAGGCUUUGAGUGAUGUUGAUGUAAAUAUUAAACUUGAGGCCUUGAGGCUUGUGAUGUCAAUGGUCUCUGAGGAUAACGUAAUGGAAAUUUGUAGGAUUUUGAUCAGUCAUGCACAGAAGUCUGACCCAGAGUUCUGCAACGAGAUUUUGGGUUACAUCUUGUUUACUUGUUCAAGAAACUUCUAUGAGGUAAUUUGUGAUUUUGAUUGGUACGUGGCAUUCUUGGGGGAAAUGGCAAGAAUUCCACAUUGUCAGAAGGGGAAGGAGAUUGAGACCCAGCUUAUUGAUAUUGGUAUGAGGGUUAAGGAUGCUAGACUUGAGCUUGUUGAUGUUGCUCGUUCUCUAGUGAUUGAUCCUGCACUACUUGGUAAUCCAUUUGUACAUGGGGUUUUGGCUGCCGCCGCAUGGGUUUCGGGAGAGUAUGUUGCUCUUUCAAGAAACCCCUUUGAGCUCGUGGAGGCACUAUUGCAACCACGAACUAGUCUCCUCACUCCAUCAGUAAGAUCGGUGUAUAUUCAGUCUGCCUUUAAAGCACUGAUAUUCUGUAUAUGGUCAUAUGGCAAGUUAAAUGGAGAUGAUGCCUCAGAUCCAUCUGCAUUGACUGAGUUAGUCGCCAAAUGCCAUUUGGAGGGAAAUUCUGAAACUGUGGCAUGUGAAUCAUUAUCUGAUACCGAAGUAGAUAAUGCAAAUAUGGUUAUUGCUGGUGGACAAAUGUCAUCAGCUUCUUCAAGAAAAUAUCAUUUGACAAAAGAAUCUCUCGAGGGCCUAGUAAAUCUUGUUGGAACCAAUUUGGGACCCUUAGCUGGGAGUGAUGAAGUAGAAAUACAGGAGAGGGCGAGUAAUGUACUCGGUUUUAUUGAGUUGAUGAAACCAGAAUUAUAUGGUCAUUUGGGCCAUACGGAAGGAAAUGGAAUGAAGGGAAAACUAGAAGCUUCUGAAGUGGUAAAGCUGAUGUUUGAUGUGUUCUCAGAGGAGCUUGGUCCAGUUUCACUUAGUGCCCAAGAGAAGGUACCCCUACCUGAUGGUUUGGUGCUCAAAGAAAAUCUUAGUGAUUUGGAAGCUAUAUGCAGUGAUGUUAAGUUUCCAUUAUCAACUUCAUUUUCCCUCGUACAUUCUCAAAUCAUGGAGAAGGAUACUGCUAGCUCUCCUGAAUGUAAGGAAGAAUCUGGACCAUCUACUGAAUCAACAUCUCUGCUUGCGGAGCAUCGGAAGCGACAUGGCCUAUACUACCUUCCUUCAGAGAAUAAAGGGACUACAUUUAACGACUUCCCACCCGCUCAUGAGCCUAAAGAUAAGACAAUUGAUGAGGCUGAAGACCUUGCGAAGCUAACAGAGGAAUCACUUAUCAUUAAGAAAAAGCAAAACCAAGUAAAGCCUAGACCAGUGGUGGUGAAACUGGAUGAUGGAGAAGGGUUAAAUGUGGCGGUAGAGAAAUCUAAAGUCAAGACUGAUUUAAUCUCUGGUGCGGUGCGAGAAGUGCUUUUAGGCAAUGAAGCCACAACUUCAUCAUCGAGAAGCAAAUCAUCAAACAAAUCAAGUAAGAGAAGGGAGGUGGAUAGAAUACCUGAAUCUGGAAAUGAUAUAGUCAACACUGCUAUAUCUGAACGCAGUAAUGUCGGUUCAGGAAGAAGGAAACACCAGACUCAUCUUUCUUCUGGAAAGGAGAAAGAACAACAUGAUCACAAAGGCAAGCAGAAGAGAGAUAGCCGUCACCAUAAGCACAAGUCACGACAAAGAGCAGAUGGGGCAAUGAAUAUACCAGUACAAUCACCAGUAAUACCAGAUUUUCUUCUAUAGCAUGGUAACAAUGAAAACAAAUCUCAAGGCCUCCAGGAAUGCUGCACUGUUUUACUUCUUUCUUUUAAGGUAAGUUUUGCUGUAAAUUUGAUAUUUGCCUGCCCCUUGCCUGAAUUUGUUUGUGGUAUAAUUCUUUUACUUUGCAUCACAAAUGGGAAAUAGCGAUAGUAGAAUUUAAGGUACUUUUCUCUUUGUUACGAACGUUAAGUGUUUUGAUUUAUCCAUAGCUAUUUCCUAUUAAUAAGAUGAGUCUCCCUUCUUAAAAUCUGGAGCUCAUUACUAGUGGAAAUUCUAGGGGAGGGUGGCAAAAACCACAUCAAUACAUUGAGAGAGUUUGUUUAGUUUGAAGAUGGACUGUUUUUCCUUUUCGUUGUGUUUAGGGAAAUUUUGUACCUAUUAGUACUUUUACAUGUGGUAAAAUGCAAUUGACACUAUGAAGAAAUAAGGUUACAGAACAUCGAAACAAUCUGCCUUGGUAUAGUACCCUUAUGCUGAGAGUAGUGACUGUCAUUUGGUGCUUUUGAUCCUCGAGAAAAAAAGUGUUGAUUUCCCCAGUUGAAAUUUUCUAUCCAAACAAUUUACAUUCAGUGGACAAGAGUUUUCCAUUGCUUAGCCUGGUUUGGAGAUCAUAGUUUUGAUUGCUUGUGUUUUCAUCUGACAAGGGUUUUCCAUUGCUUAGCCUGGUUUGCAGAUCAUAGUUCAUUAAGCUAUGAUUGCUUGUGUUUCAUCUGGUCUCAUCUUAUUAAAGACCAAACACUACUUAAAUUUGGUGAGAUGGAGGGAAAAAAGAAAAUUGGUCGGAUAGAGUGAGAUGGAAUAGGUCUCACAAGCACCACAGCGAAUAGGUCUCACAAGCACCACAGCCUUAGCUUCCCAAGAGUGGAAGUAAGGUGAUUAAAGAUAAUGCAAUCUCACUU